AUGGCGACUUCUCACCACCGACAAGUCUCAAACGAAACCUUGGACUGUCCUAUUUUAUUUGUGCCACAAGUUCAUGAAACAAAUCCCAUGCUGAUCUCAGUUUUAUUAAAUGGACUUCUUUGCAUCGCCACUGGAAUUGUAGCUGUCGUAAGUAAUCUGUUGGUGUUGAUAACGAUUCAUGGCAAGCCAGUGUUUUCCUCGAACCAGAACAUUUUGUUCGAAGCCUUAGCGUUCGUGGAUAUACUGACGGGAGCCAUUGCUGUACCGCUCUUCGUCGCCUACCAAUGGCAAGUUGUCAUGGCCGAUGUAAACUGCAUCUUGGCUUCCUUCAUGCUUGUGUUUCUUCAGAUAUGCAUUGUGUUCACCGUCAUUGUUAUACUGUUAAUUUCCGCGGAGCGCUCUUUCGCGGUUUUUAAACCCUUCAAAUAUCAAGCACUCGUCACAAGGAGGCGGAUACUUCAAGUUUUACUAACUUCAUGGAGUGCGUGGUUAAUUAUUUUGGUCGUAAAAAACACAUGUAUGCAUCACUCCGGCAAACGUUUUCCUGCCUGCGCAGGUUGGGGUUUCGCUGCCUUGUUUGUUGUCGUUGGGUUCUUGUAUUUCAAGAUGUGCAACGUCGUUAAACGUCAUCGUAAUGCGAUAGCCGCGCUCCAGACAGACCCCGAAGUCACAAGACGAAUCCUUAAACAGAGAAAAUCCUUGAAGACUACGAUACACGUCAAGGGAGCUUUCAUCCUUUGCCACAUGCCGCUAGUUCUUUCCCUGACUCUCGUCUGGCUUGGUGUCAUUUCCAUGGGAAGAAAAUCUUUUCUGUUCCUAUCUUGGACAGGGUUAAUGGCGCUAGUUAAUUCUUGCUUGGAUCCGUUUAUCUACUAUUGGCGCGAAAACCGUAUCAAAAGAGGAAUAAUCGACUUCUUACGAUACCGCAACAAUAAUGGAAUCGGCAUCAUUCCAAUUCCCGCGCUUUCUGCACCGCGCAGGAGAGCCGAGAUGUAUCGGGUUGGUCUACAAGAAACAGCGGCUUGA